AUUACAUCUCCUGCGCUGAGUCGCGCUCGUGGAGUAUAUAAGAUCACCUUGUCGGUAAAUUCCAAUCGAAAUUCUUCAUUCGAAGCCAGCCGUUCGAGCUAAGAGUUCUCUGACAGUUACAAUGGUUCUCCCGGAUUUUGCCAAGGGUGACAAAGCCGUCGUAAAAUAUACUCAGUUGUUUAUCAACAACGAGUUCGUCGAUGCGGUGAGUGGAAAGAAAUUUCCAACGAUAAACCCAACGAACAAGACCGUCAUUGCUCUCGUAUCGGAAGGUGAUAAGGAUGACGUCGAUAAGGCAGUUUGUGCAGCUAAAGCUGCCUUCGCUAGAGGUUCGCCUUGGCGGAAAAUGGAUGCUACUCAAAGGGCUCGCCUCAUGUACAAGUUGGCAGAUUUAGUCGAACGCGACAUGGAGUAUAUUGCACACUUGGAAACUCUCGAUAACGGAAAACCUUUGACAGCUGCCAUGACGGAUGUCAAAUGCAGUAUCGAUGAAAUUCGUUACUAUGCAGGCUGGGCUGACAAAAUUCACGGGAAAACCAUUCCUGCUGACGGGGGCGAUUUCGUCCUCACUCGGAAGGAACCCGUGGGCGUAGUCGGCCAAAUAAUCCCAUGGAAUUUUCCGGUGCUCAUGGUCGCGUUCAAAUGGUCACCGGCUCUCGCAGCCGGCUGCACCAUCGUCAUGAAACCUGCCGAACAAACUCCCUUGACAGCUCUCUACCUUGCCUCGCUCAGUAAAGAGGCAGGCUUUCCACCGGGCGUUAUAAACGUUAUUCCGGGCUAUGGACCCACCGCGGGUGCUGCCAUCUCCGAACAUCCGGACAUCCGAAAAAUCGCGUUCACCGGAUCCACCGAAAUUGGACACAAAAUCUUAUCAGUGGCUGGCAAAACAAAUUUGAAAAAAGUUACCCUCGAGCUCGGUGGUAAAAGUCCUCUGGUCGUGUUCGAAGAUGCUGACGUUGCACACGCUGCGUUACUGGCCCAUUAUGCACUCUACUUCAACGCUGGUCAAGUGUGCAUCGCAGCAUCACGAACAUUCGUACAUUCCAAAAUAUACGACGAAUUCGUGAAGCACUCGAAAGAAUUGAUCCGAAAAAUCAAAGUCGGUGAUCCCUUCGACGCGACCACGACACAGGGGCCUCAAGUCGACAAGGACACGUACGAAAAGAUUUUGAGUAUGAUUGAAUCGGGGAAAAAGGAAGGAGCUUGUCUCGAAUUGGGAGGUAAACCUUUGGACUCGACGGGUUUCUUCAUCGAGCCCACGUUAUUCACAAACGUAACCGAUUCCAUGAGGAUCGCAAAAGAAGAAAUAUUUGGACCCGUCCAAUCGAUCUUCAAGUUCGAUACUUUUGAGGAAGUGCUGCAACGAGCCAAUGACACUUCUUAUGGGCUCGCUGCAGGUGUCAUCACCAAAGACGUGAACAAAGCCAUUGCGUUUGCCGAAGGCAUCGAGGCUGGAAUCGUAUGGGUCAACAAUUACGGAGCAGUCGGACCAUCAGCUCCGUUCGGAGGCUACAAGAACUCUGGUAUAGGACGGGAGAACGGAUACGAAGGAGUGGAAAACUACCUGGAAACAAAAACGAUCUCGAUCAAGCUCGCCCAGCCGAUUUAAAAGCGUGGAUCAGUCACCAAACCUCACUUGGAAUUUUCGAAAUGGAAAUUCUCGACACAGUUUGAACGAUUGAAAAAAAUCAGCCCACGCAGGGCGAUGGCAAAAAUGGGCUGACAUUUUUAUUACUUCGAUCGGGCGAGCGGUGUGGAAAAAUUUCAUUUUCGAAAUUUGCAACUAUCUUUUUCGCACUCACGGUUGCGAUGUACCAACUGAUCCAUCUUCUUAAGGGGUAUCAACAUAAAAAUGCUACUGUCUGUACUCUAAUCGUAUUUCGAACAUUCGAAAAUAAACUUUUUCCACUCUCCGA